AUGACUGGACAAUUUGAUCCCGUUGGAGAAAUUUCAGAUGAAAAAGAGGAUAAAUUGAGCCAAGUCAGAUUCACACUACCACAAGGCUUGAUACUUGAUGCUGCUUCCAAUAAAAUCGAAGAACAGUUCAGGGAAAAAGGUGAAGAACAUAAGAAGGGCCUUGAAACAUAUACGUUGUGGAAGGUCUUGAGUCAGAAAUCUUGGCCUACUGAAAAAAAGAAGGUAAAAUUAGCAAAGUGGAAUGAAGGCCAACCUAUUGAGAAGAAUCGAAUUGAGCAAAUAAAUAGUGGCGAAAAAUGA